UGGAUCGGUCAUACUUUUAUUUUCCAACGUGUUUACAAUGAAACAAAGGGGAUCGGAUUGCAAAAGAGCAACACGUUAAGCCAAAGGGCGAUAACCAAUCGCGUUUAUCCUUUUUGUCUCCACCGGGCUGCUGUACUCCGGCAUCUGGUAGCGAAACCUACAGUAACCGACAACACCUUCACGACCAGUUAGUUUAACCUUUGGAAAUGGCAUCUUCUGCGAUGAUCUCCGUCCCCACCACCGCCUCCCGCUUCGCCCUGCUCCAGAUAGACUCGGAUUCGGAGUCCGACGCCUCCGACUCGGGGAAGACCACCACCAAGACCGGACGGGACGGGAAGCCUCGGCAGGGGAAGGCAGGAGCAGCCGGGGGUAAAGCGGCUCAGGCCAACGACAAGAAGAAGGACAAGAAAAAGAAGAAGAAGGAACAGCAGCAGUCUGAGGCGAACGAGUUACGCAAUUUGGCCUUCAAGAAGCUUCCUCAGAAGUCUUCUGCUCCGCCUCCCUGUAUGACGCUGUCUGGAAUAGCCGGUGAACUUCUCAGUCCUGCAGCAGCCGACCACAAUAUGCCUCCAGAGGGGUGGCAGCAGUGGAAGCAGAGGGAUGAGCAGAUUACCUCUGAGCUUUAUGAGGCUGACUUGGAAAAGGCCUUGAUUCUAAGCCAAAUGGAGUUUGAACAAAAAAAACCAAACAACAACACAAACGCAUCCUCGCCGAAGUCUCGAGGAGGAAAAGAGGGCGGAGGGAAGAAGGACAAAAAGAAGAAUCAGCAGGCAAAAGACAAAAAAACAGUUUCACUGCAGGACUUCCAGGCUGAGGGCAGUGCAGAACAUUUGAAUAAGAAACAAGAGAAAGAGGACGCAAGAGUGGCUAACCUAGCGUUGGGAGUCGGGCAGGAGGAGCGUUUUUUCAACAAGUUGGAGGAUGAUGUCACUCGGAUUGUCCAACAGGAGAAGAGACGUGAGCAGUACACCAACAGUCACGGACAAGAGGUCAUCACCUCGACAGAACAAGAACCGGAUCCCCGAGCAGAGCAGCUGAAGUACGAUCUGGAGAAGAAAGACCAAGAAAUCGAUAAGCUAAAGAAGAACAUCGUACAGUGGGAGGGGAAAUACAGAGAGGUGAAAGCGAGAAAUUCCCAGCUGCUUAAGAUGCUCCAACAAGGAGAGAUGAAAGAUAAAGCAGAACUCCUUCUACAGGUAGAAGAGCUACUACACAUAAAAGAAGAACUGUCAUUACAGGUAACAUCACUUCACGCUGCCCUUGAACAAGAAAAGUCUAAAGUCAAAGGUCUGCAGACAGAUCAACCAAAACAUCAGGGAAACAAGAAAGGGAAGAAAGGCCCAGAGAUGGAUCUAUGAAGGUCCCCAAUGGCCCUAAAAGUCAAAUGAAAUAAACGAAUGAACAAAUGAAGAAAAAGCACUGCUGAUCAUAAUCAUGGUUCUCUUACCUUCUCUUCCUUUUAUUAUUUUAUUUUUUUUAGCACGGACUCCUUGUCAGCAUAUAAUGCAUGCCCCCCAAUAUCACACACACACACACACACACACACACACACACACACACACACACACACACACACACACUCCAGAGGCAGCAGGAUGUAUAACACAGCUGAACAAGAAUUGCAGAUGCUUUUUAAAAAAUGGUUAAGUUUAAACUUUGUGUUUAAAAUAGGUCGUUGGUCCGCGGUGCUGCCCUCUGCAGGCACAGACAUCUGUUUUUGGUGGGGUGUUCAAUGCCAAAAUGUUUUGUUUGAUCUCGUUUCUUUCUCACUGUUAAGUAAAUAAAAUAC